AUGGCCGCCCAGACAGAGUCGACGCGCUCUCGCAUCGAAAACAUCAAGACCGACCUUCGAGCAACGACGUCAUGCACAGACACGACCGUAACAACUCUACAAGAUCUACUGUGCCGCAGAAAUGAGGAGCCCGCGCAGAAGGAGAAUAUGGGGGUGAAAGUCCCUGGAGCAUUGAGGAGGAAGGCGAAUGCAGCGAAGUCUGCCACAAGCAAAGAGGCGCCCAAGGCAGAGCUCACGGUACUUGCACCGAGAGAGAAGUACAUCCUGGCCACCGAGAUCGCAAAUUUGUCUCUGAAGACGCUCGCCGACGCGCUGAAGAAUCGGCCGUCCACCCCGCCCUCGCGAACCUCGUCCAGACCCGCACCCGCCGACAGCUCAACGCGCAAAGCUGCACAACCGCCCACUGCCACCCAGAAGGCUCUGAAGGAACGAUCCGUAUCGCAGACAACGAACACAGCCAAACGCACUCCGGCGUCAACACGACCUUCAUCUGCCGCCUCGUCCGCGCCAGGACAAGAUGUGGGCUUGGUAGCGACCGCAGAGUGUGCCAGAACGGCAUUUGCAUACUUGGGUACAGCAGAAGCCAAGAAGGUCCUGGGUAAAGAUGGAGCAGAGCUGCAGGUGGAGAGCGGAGUAGUGGCUCUUGUCGGAAAGCUCGUAGCGCUUGGAUUGGACAAUCUAGCGGUCAAGGAGAUCAGGCUUCUGAAGAGGAGGUUGGAAGUCUUCCUAGGUCAUGCAGAAGUCAAGAAUCCCAGUGUAGCUGUCAAGAAGAGUGGAGUGCAGCACGAUGCUGCAGUGGAGAAGGAGAGCCUUGCGGCGCUUUUGCGCUUUGGACACAUCGAACCGACGAAUCCUGCCCUUCCAAUCGUUGCCAACCUUCAGACCUAUACACUGCGCGUUAUGGCGAGACUGAAGAAGGCUUCCACCAUCGAAUCUUCUUGGGAUUAUCUGCAACUAUCCAACGACUCAUCCCCUGCGAACCUCCUUCAGCAGCUGGCGACCACAUCGACCGGCGCAGCGAAAGCAGCACGACAACUCGAGUCUCUUGCCCAGACUGUCCUUGCACUGUGUCCGAGCAUCUCGGCCCUAGAAGAUGGGGCUCCCUUCCAGCCUUCGCCCGAGACCGUCCUUCGACUGCAGCACCUCGCCUUCACAGUACGGAAGAGGUGGUGGGCGUUGGCUAAGCACAAAACCAAUGAGGAACGUGAGCUUGUUGAGCCCUUCACAAAGUGCUUGGUCGCUUACGCUCGGCGGUCAAAGCAAUCACCCGCGGACAAGUACAGUUUGUCAAAGUCGUUGAGCACAGAGCUUCUGGGCCAGCAUAAUCUGACAUCUGGCGCCGCUAGCUCUUUCGCGCUGAUCACCAAAACACUCUGCACUCUUGCACAGGCUGCGGGCCUAUCUGAUGAGGCCUUACGAUGGCUUGAUACUCCCGAAGCCAGUGCAUCGAUCACGAGCUCUGCAGCGAAACAAGCAUGUCGAUUACUUCGCAUUGCAACUGUCUCGUUGGAAGCUGCGAAUAAAGGUGCAGACAAGCCCGGGCUCGAGGAAGCUAUCAGUAUGGCUCUGAAGGCAUUGCAGGGCAGUCUGGGUGGAUCCUCCACAGACCUCGAUUCGCUAUUCAUGGAGGCUAACGCACUGAGGCGAGCCGCAACACGCUCGCUAGCAGCAGGCUUGUCUACCAGAUCUCUCAGCUCGGAAGAUUUGGCAACACAGGCUCGUGCUAUCUCGAUGAUUGCCGCAAGCGUACACUUCUCCGCGAGAUUCAUAGGACGAAGGAGCGUGACAGAGUCAGAUUCAGAUCCACAACGUCGGCAUGAAGAUCGUAUCAAUAUGGCUUGGAAGUGCACGAAGAGCAUUGUCGAAUCAGUCCUCACAUGUUGUAAGCGGUCAACGAGCAGUCCAGAGCUCUGGUCGGAACUGGACAUCAUUCUUCAAGACUGUUGUUACAUACUUCGGAGGCUCGGCGAGGAGUCCGAAGGUGGAGUGGUGACUGAUCUGCAAGCUGGAGAUGUGGUCUCGUCGUGCCUUGUCAAACUGUCCAACUCAUACUGGAACACAUAUCUGCAACUACGGAAUGCUGCGGCCAUCGAUCCAGGUCUCCUUUUGGUGGCUAUGCGGCGUUCAAUUGACCUUGUAUCAGAGGGCUCAGAGGCCCAGCAGGAGGCGGGUCAUCUAGCCAUGAAGCUUGAGCGUCUUGGUGAAACUUUGGAUAAUCUCCAGAAACCCGAGGAGUCACGCAAGGCUUUUGGACAGUGCAUCGGAUACCACAUCUACCUUAACGACCAAGCGCUCACAAAGUACUUCGCACAGUACUCGCUUCAGACACUGUUUGAAGGAGACGGUAAGUUCAGUACUAUCGGCAGGCUGUUGAAAGCUCUCCAUCGUUCGUACCUUCUUCACGGCGUUAAGCGCGCCAGCGAUCUCGCAUACCACGAUGACGCAUAUUUACAGCCUGAUGUCCGGGGCGCAAUCUUGGAAUGGCAACUGAUACUGUAUUCCAAGACCCUCUCCAGAAAUAGGCAAUGGGAUAUGAACCUCAAUCACUCCAUCAAGACACUCACUGAUCACCUUCUCGACAUAUACACCCUCGAGAGAUACCCUAUACGGCGUCUAAGAUGCAUCAACCUGUUUCUUCAGCUUUCGCAAGAUCACCCACAUACUGUGUCGCACAGCCUACUACCAUCAGAAACCUCGCCAGACAAUCUUGCCACAGUGGACUUCUCCGAGGAUAGAGGCUUAUCUAAGCUCAAGGAGCAUUUGAGCGCUCUCUGUAGCUUCAAGCUGGCGAUGCAACAGACUUCUCCACCAACCGAGGCACUGCGACAAUGCUUUGCGACCUGGGAGUUCCUCGCGAAAUCUGCUCCAUGUUGGAGUGCUUUGGUCGAACGCAUUGGCGAUACCGACAGCUGGAUCCACGACAUUCGAGCGUGUGUUGAUUAUCUCAACGCCAAAGGCGAGGAGUAUCUCGCGUUGCCUGUUUUGCACCUCUUGGUGACGAUCUUCGAGCUACAGAACGACACAGAUGCUUCGGAACUUGUCUGCAGUCUUUCGGCACUCUCUUUGCAAUUCCUACGACUCGGCUAUACUGGUCAGGCUGGUCUGUCACUGGCGAAAGCAGAGCUCCUUGUUGUUCGCCAGACAGCAUUAACGGAAGCCAAGCUAAAGUGGUACACGGCCUACGCGGAGUACCUCUUCCGCAUCGGCAACACUGAAAAAUGUGCUACCACUCUGGCUACGGCCGAGUCUAUCGCACGCAAUGAUGCUGCUUUCAUGGACUUGUCGACAUCCUCUGCCACUAUAUCACAACGUUUACGCUACAACAGCGUUCUGGCAAAUGCCUGUUAUGUAUAUUCCCUACUCGCUGCUUCCAAAGGAGCCCACAAGGAAGCUGCAAGAUACGCAAAGCAGAGUGUCACGCUCAACCGCCGUAUGUGGGCUGCACUCGAGUCCAAAAUUAAUGCACAGAAGACACUUGCUGAGAGCGACACAUCGAUCCUAGAUGGCCCAAGUAGAGCAGCUACUGAUCUGCUGGCAUCCAUGCGUGACGACAAGGGCACACCUAUAGUAUCUUCGAACACUCACGAAGUCCUCGGGGGCGCAGACUUCUGGUUCAUGGUUCCUUCGCUAUACCGCGGACUUAUGCAACACUCACAGGUCUUCGCAAACCAGGGACUAUUGCAAGAGGCAAUAUACGUGGCAGAGCAGGCAGAGAAGGUCGCAUUGGCGACACGCUCGCCAACUCUCAUGACCGAUAACGCAAGCUGGCAGGCGGCAUGCUGGGCACAAAGCGGCAGACCCGACAAAGCUGGACCACUGCUCAAAGCUCUUGAGCAUCCUUCCGACCGCAAGACUCUCUCCGUUGCAGCGUAUCACUCAGCCAUUGCGAGAGUACAUCAUGGCACAGGAGAUUUCGACGAAGAGAUUGCAUCCUAUGGUGUACUAGAACAGCUUCUGGACGAUCUUACUAGUCCACCCUACAUCAGAUCCCUCGGUGCUAUACAUCCAGAUCUCGAUUCUCUUGCUUCGCAGAUAGCUGGAAUGAGCCUCGAUUCCACCAAAGCUAAGCCCACUAAAGCACCAUCACUCACCAAAGUACAAAAGCCCGCAGCAAAGCCGCCCUCCAGAUCAACAUCACGUUCAGGUGCUCGAUCUGCUACCGGUGUCCGUUCGCGAGCUGGCGCAGCAAGUGCUGUGAGUGCGGCAAGCACAUCAAAGGUUACUCCGAAAAGCCGACACAAGAGCAUGAUCGCCGCUCUGAGCACGGAGACAGUGAGCACUUCAGAUCAAUGCACGACACUGCGCGCUCUCCAGGCAGAGACGUUCCAUCGAGGCGCUCUUGCGAACUUAUCACAAGAGAACUUGGUAGCAGCAACGGCUUUGAUCGAACGAGUGCAAGAGCUCCAAGUUGGCGCCGAUCGUGACGUCCAGCACACCUGGGCGAAGUUCAAGCUCAUGCUUGCAGAGAGUGCCCAGCAAAUCGCUGCGGACUUUGCUUUCAACACACUGCCCGAAUCUACGAUUGCCUUUCCUGCUAUUGGCACGAAAGACAGAAGGAUGUCCGAAGGCGUGCUUGUGAAGAGAGGUGCGCCUACAGCUCCCACAAAAGCUAAGGGUAGCCGUACCAAGAAAGCAGAAGCGGUUGCAAGGAUCGACUUCACUGAUACACUGCGUCAGGCUCGUGAACACCUGCUCCAGGUUCACGCUUUGACCGCUACGCACGGCUCAAACCACUUGUUCCGGCAGGUCUCAAGCGCACUUGGCCAUAUUACAGUUCUGCUAUCAGCUGUUUCUGAAGCACGUGGCUCUGUGCAUCCGCUGUACGCUGCGUACACCAGUGAGAUUCCGAAAAUCAACGCCAUGCGACUCGCACAAGAAUUUGUAGAGUCUGAGAAAGAGCAGUUAUCGCGCGAAGAAUGCUUGAGCUGGCCGCUGCUCGAAGCGUCCGACUUCAGUCUCACGUCUGCGUCUGAUUUCCAGCAGGAGUACAUCGAUAGUAUUCCAGAGUCUUGGAGCGCCAUAUCGCUUGGUCUGAACGAAGCUCGUGACGAGCUCUACGUCACACGUUUUGAAGCUGGCGUUGCUCCUUUCGUCCUUCGCUUGCCACUCGCCCGUCAUGUCUCGCGCGAUCUCGAUGAAGACGAAUUCACGUUCGAGGAUGGCAAGCGAGACUUCGAGGAGAUUAUCGAGCUUAGCGAUUUUAGUACUCGCGGGACGAAGAAUUUGACUUCAAGAGAAGCUCGUCAGCAAUGGUGGGACGAACGUGAGGCUCUUGACACACGCCUCCACGAGCUGCUUGUGAACAUGGAGAACAUCUGGCUUGGUGGCUUCAAAGGCAUUUUUUCUCAGCAUGUGCGACAGCCCGCACUCCUUGCUAAGUUUCGGAAGGCAUUCGAAGAUGUGCUGAACCGGCACCUGCCCUCACGCAGCAUGAAGACGCAACCCAAACGGCCUGUCCUGGAUGCCAGAGUUCUGGAACUCUUCAUUGGGCUUGGAGACCUCACAAGCGAAGAACUUGACCUCGACGAGGCCUUGACAGACCUCAUCUACUUCAUUGUCGACAUAUUGCAGUUCAACGGAGAAGCGAACGCAUACGAUGAGAUCGACUUCGACGCCAUGGUGAUCGAAACGCAGGAUGCUCUGAAAGCAUACCACAGCGCCGCCCGCAUACCAUCGCCAUUCACGCCGCACACUAUCCUGAUUCUGGACAAUAAUCUCCAUGGCUUCCCGUGGGAGUCUCUACCUUGCCUCUCAAAGCUCUCGAUCUCGCGCCUCCCCUCACUCGCCGCGCUCCGUGAGCGCCUCCUCACACUCCGCCCCUCAAGCGCAGACGGCGCCGCACCAGGCCACUACAUUGCCGCAGCCAACGGCGGCACCACCAUCCUCAAUCCCGGCGGCGAUCUGGAAAACACCUCCAAAACCCUGCAACCUGUCAUCGCCUCCCUGCGCGGAGAGUGGACACACAUCUCCUCGCGCGCCCCUAGCGAAGCUGAGUUCUCCACUGCCCUCGGCACCCGCGACUUACUGCUAUACUUAGGCCACGGCAGCGGCGCGCAAUUCGUGCGUCAGAAAAGCGUGCGCAAAUUGUAUCCCGGUAAGCAAGAUGCCGGGUCUGCGAAGCCGGGGUGUGCGACCAGUUUCCUCUUCGGUUGCUCCUCUGUGCACCUCACAGAGAACGGCAUCUAUGAACCAAGUGGUAUGCUGCAAUCCUACCUCACGGCCGGCGCGCCCGCGGUCGUGGGAAUGCUGUGGGAUGUCACGGACAAAGAUUGUGAUCGGUUUGCUGUACGGUGUGGUGAGCUGUGGGGGCUGUGGCCUGAGGACGAGCAUCCCGAGACUAAGCCGGGUAAGACGCCGAGGAAGGGGAAGGCGAAGGCGAAGAAGCAGGAUAUUGCCGCCGAGGGCGUGAGGAAGGGCGAGUAUAUACGUGGUGUGGGGCUGGACGAGGCGGUCAGGGAUGCGCGACAAGCUUGUUAUCUCAAGUAUCUGAACGGGGCGGCGGCGGUGGUUUAUGGGAUUCCUUGUUAUCUGGAGUAG